UUAUACCCAAUUGGAAAAUGGACUUUGGAGAGAUCCCAAAUCACAACGGCAAUCCCCCGCCUGUCGUAGGCGAUUGCAGCAUCCAUGGCGGUGGGAAAGCAACGUUGACCGGACCCCCUUUCCAAAUUGGAUGGCCAAAGGUCAAACGAUGCCAAAUUCCAAAUGGAACUUGGUGUCACACUGACUGGACCCCACCCCCACCACCUCCUCGGAAUCACUUGAUCGGAGGCCGACUCUCUCCAAAACCCCACAUUUCAUUCAUUCAUUCAUUCAAUUCAAUUAUUUUAUUAUUAUUCCUCUUUCUUUUCUUUUUUUUUUUUCUGAAUCAAACACGCAUGCUUUGCUUCCGUAGCAGUUAUGAUCACCGUUCUUCACCCCUUCUCUGUUUAAUCAUCAGCAAACGAUGAACUCUCCAACGAACAAAACAAUGUAUCCGAGGGUGAAAGUGAGGCACCAAGUUCAUAAAAACGAGGAGGAGGAUGAUGAUGGUGAUGCACGGAACCCUAGGUUGAAGGUUUUCAUUCCUUCAUGCUUGCGACCUCCGUCUUCUCCUUCUCCUUAUGCUUCUUGUUAUGCUUCUCCUGCUUCUACUUGUCCUCCUUCUCCUUCUCCUUCAGUAGUUCGAAAGAAAAAUGUCUCCAAGCCAUCAUCAAUGGUUAACGCACCAAAGUGCUAUGUGCCACCGGUGUCUUCUCCACGAGUACAGAUAAAUGAAGCUCUUCAAGACUGCAGUUUAUCUUCGGAUUCGGGAUCAACAGGACCUGAGAAGGACGACAGUAUUGAUGAGAACAAAAUAAAUACUAGGGCCUGUCGGGUUCAUCGCCCUCGUGCUGUCAUCUCUAGUCCUUAUAAUGACAGGUUGAUCGGGAGCAGAAACGAAACUAGCAAUGGAAGUAGUUCUCCUUUGAAGAAUGGUACCCCACCGCAAAAUAGACAUGCACACUGUAACUGUAAAGCUAAAUCACAUGAAGAUGCUGAUACUCCUCUAAACACAAGAAAACCCAAGGAGCCUGAUUCUAAUGGUACAAUUGAUCCUGUAGGGAAGAAAAAGGUCCAUCAAGGCAGCAUAAAAUCCGAAAAUGUAAGUAGGAUCUGGAGAUAUUAGUCCCACUAGAACCUAGGAUCCUGAUUAAUCGGAUUGUUAAAAGCCAAAUAUGUGUUAUCAAGGACAAGGAUUAGGUUCUCACACAAAGAAGAAAGAGAGAAACAAAAUAAUAUGUUUUUACUCCAGUAUCUAAAUUUUUAAAUUUUUAACUGUUGUGGGCAUGUAAAUUUUUCUAUGGAAGAAGAGACAAUGCAUGAGAGAUCAAAUAUUUUUCUUUUUCAGUUUUAUUC